UACCAGGAAACAGCCAAAAGAACAAGAGACUGCUGAAGAGAAAACUUCUCUGCAAAUGCCUGCACAUGGCAAUGUGUGUCGCCAUCUACCAGAAGGGAAGAGACUCUGUGAAGUUUGAACAAGCGGCCUUCCCAAGAUGUACCGAGUAUCUCAACUGAUGUCAACACCAGUAGCAAGUUCUUCCAGGUUGGAGAGAGAAUAUGCCGGAGAGCUAUCUGCCACAUGCAUUUUCCCAAGUUUUGCCUGUGAUUUCCUGGAUGGUGACAGUUCCUUUGAAUGCUGCUCCAUAGAUCCCCUGACAGGCUCUCACUAUACCUGUCGCCGAAGUCCCAGACUGCUCACCAAUGGCUACUACAUUUGGACAGAAGACAGUUUCCUCUGCGACAAAGAUGGCAACAUAACUCUGCACCCAUCCCAGACCCGGGUUAUGUAUAAGGAGAACGUAGUCAGUGCCUCUCAAUCCUGGCUGCAUGGGAGUUUCUUUGGUGAUGUUGACUCUUCCCCAAGUGAGGAUGUCUGGUUGGAAGGGGUCAGGAGGGUGGAUACAGACCACUGCAAUGGAAAUGGAGGUGAUGUUGACUGCUUUUCUCUGACUGAUGCCUGGGAGCCAGAGAUGCCAAAUGCAGAGACUGCAGUAACCUUCUCCUCCAGCCACGUCUUAUCUCAGCCUCCCAGGGAAAAGUCCCACAAUUCCUCUCUUCAAUCACCAUUGAUGGCAUCUGAACAUUUCCAAGAGAACAUUUGGGAUUAUUCAAAAACCAGUUUGUUGCGAGAGCUCUCCUUUCAGGCAAUCCUGCUUGCUGUGUGCUUAAUCAUUUUUGCAUGUGCAAGAUGGUUUAUGGAAGGAAUAUUAGCCAGAGUCUUCAUAUGCUCAUUGUUGAUCACUAUAGCUUAUGCUAUGAAAUCAUUGUUUCUCAGCCUUGCCAGCUAUUUCAAAGGCACCACGUGUGUUCGGUUAGCCGAAAUUUGACAACCAUUUAGCAAUGCCUCUGAUGAAUGUCUUCAAGCUGAAUAUCCAGAAAUUGUCCGACUUGCAGUCU